AUGCGAGCCUUAAACACUGGAGUAGAUAAUCUCCGAGCAGAGUAUAGGUCCCUUGCUCGGUACACGCUACCCGAUGCGACAUAUGAAGCUUUCAAGGCAAAUCAUGAGGCUGGAAGGAAUAGGUACCAAGAUGUUCCUUGUCAAGAUCAGUACCGUGUCGUUAUUACUUGGCCGGGAGCUCCUGUCGAUUAUAUUCAUGCAAACUAUGUAGGCACACCUCUGUCAGACAAAAGAUUCAUUUGCACGCAGGCGUUUUGUGGAAAACGCUUUGCUCUGAAGAAGGAGCACACAGUGCAGCUUGUCAAGGGACCACUGGAUGGUACAAUUACGGAGUUCUGGAUGAUGGUGCUACAGGAAGAGUCUCAGACAAUCAUUAUGCUCUGUAACUGCAUUGAGACGGGAAAAUACAAGUGCGCCGAAUACUGGCCAAAUCAGAUGGGAACCAGCAAGACAUUUGCAGGAAUUGAAAUAUUUAACGUUCAGAUGCGUCCAAUGAGUCCAGAAGAGCAAAGUGUUAUCGUGUCGGUGUUAAUUGUGAAGUUUACAAAGCCUGAUGGUACCCAUGAGCAACGCGAAGUUCGGCAUUACCAGUGGAUCGACUGGCCGGACAGAGGCGUGCCACCAUGUAGAUUAACGAGCAUGGAGCUACUUUCUCGGGUGCGUGGAACUACUAAACCCAUAAUAGUACACUGCUCAGCCGGCAUCGGAAGGACAGGGACUGUUGUCGCUAUUGAAUACAUUCUUGAGCGAAUGCAAGCCGGAGUUGAAUGUGCAGCAAUGAAUGACCUGCUCAAAGAGUUACGAAAUCAGCGAGCUUACACCAUCCAAAACGACCUAGUCAGUCUUUUGUUACUUAUCCGCAUAGUGCAGAAGCAGCAACAUGUUCGUAUUUCCAGCAAUACCUGUUCAUUCAUCGAGUUAUGCUGUGCUAUUUCCUUGAGAAACACAAGCAAAGGUCAUUUACAUUCACACUAA